AUGAGCAAAAGCAAUAGUACCACUACUUCAACUUCAACUUGUACAAAAGAAGAGGUAGAUGAAUUGCAAGAACAAACAAAUAACCUAGAGAUUAAUCAACAACAACAACAACAACAACAACAACAACAACAACAACAACAACAAGAUGAUGAUAUUAAAUAUAUUGAUAACAAAUGGUUAAAGUCAUUAAAGUUAUCACCCUCUGAACACUUGCUUCAAUUAGAUCGUGUACAUUGUCCAUCAUGUGGAAAAAAGAGAAAGUACUUUUGCUAUGAUUGUUUUAUUCCUUUUGGUGAUAUCAAUUUAGCACCAAAAUUAAAUUUACCAAUCACUUGUGAUAUUUUACAUUAUCCAACAGAAUUAUUAUCAAAAAGUACAGCAAUACAUGCAAAAGUUAUUGCCAAUCAAGAUGUUACCAUUCAUGAACACCCAAAUAUUCCAGAGUAUGAAAAUUUGGAUGAAAUAGUAUUACUAUUCCCCUCAAAGGACAGUUCAUUUGUCAGCGACUAUAGUGAGGCCGAUAUGAGUAAAAUUAAAAAGGUUGUUUUUAUUGACAGUCAAUGGCACACUGCAAAUCGUAUACUCAAACUUGCACAGGUAAAGAAAAUUAAAUGCAUCAAGAUACAUUCUCACAAGACUCUUUUUUGGAGACACCAAAGACAUGGAGAUGAAUUCCUUGCCACCAUCGAAGCCAUCUAUUACUUUUAUAAAGAAUAUCAUCUACGUAUGAAUAAUGGUCAAUACAAUGGAGAAUAUGAUAACUUGCUAUACUAUUAUGUACUAUUUUAUAAUUUAAUUCAAAAUACCUAUAAACAAUCACAAUUGGGUUUCAAAAGAAAAGAUAACUAUAUUCAACCUGAUGACAUUGAUAAUCAAAAUAAUCAAAAUAAUAAUAAUAAUAAUAAUAAUAAUGAAAAUAGUAAAAAGCAAGAUCAAGAGUAA